AUGGCCACCGUGACUGGCCAGAGUCUCGAUACCAACUGUAAUGUGGUGUUUACACACAGCACCGACAACAUCUCGUCAACCAGUCUUCAGUACGACGAUAUCCCUCUGUCCGAAGCGUUGGCCCCUGAUCCGCAAUAUGAACGUGACUUUGAAGUCGUGGACAACAAGUUUGCGUUCUCACCCGGACAGCUGAACAAGUUGCUGAAUCCCAAAUCCCUCGCCGCCUUCCAUGCUUUAGGAGGCCUUAGGGGUCUAGAAAUUGGGCUUCAAACUGACCUUGCGGCCGGACUUUCUGUGGACGAAGACAGGAUUUCGGAAUAUGUAACAUUCGACGAGGCCACAAAGUCUGCCUUCUCCAAGCUAGAUAGCCAGCCGCGACUAUUGAAUGCCGAUAGCCAGACGCCGAUUGUGCAAAGUUCCUCGCCCCAGUUCGUCGACAGAAUCCGGAUCUUUGGCCGCAAUGCAUUGCCUGAACCCAGAAGGAAGCAUUUUCUCAAGCUACUCUGGGAUGCAUAUAAUGAUAGGAUCAUUAUCCUGUUAACUAUUGCGGCUGUUAUAUCAUUGUCACUGGGGAUAUAUGAAGCAGCUAGCGGCCAGUCUCAGGUGGACUGGAUUGAAGGUGUGGCCGUAUGUGUCGCUAUUAUAAUAGUGGUGGCUGCCACAGCCGGCAAUGACUGGCAGAAGGAGAGGCAGUUUGCCAAAUUAAACAGACGGAAAAUUGACCGCGAUAUUCCAGCGAUCCGCUCAGGGCGGCCACUGAUGGUACACAUCUCCGACAUCACAGUCGGUGACGUCCUGCAAAUUGAGCCUGGAGAUUCCCCACCUGCCGAUGGGGUCAUCAUAUCUGGUCACGGAAUCAAAUGCGACGAGUCAUCAGCAACAGGUGAAUCUGACCACAUGGAUAAGGCCAGUGGUCAUGAAGUAUGGAACAGUAUCAUCAACGGAACUGCCACCAGGGAACUAGACCCCUUCAUCAUUUCCGGAAGUAAGGUGCUUGAGGGGAUGGGGACGUACUUGGUGACUAGUGUAGGCUGCUAUUCCACUAAUGGCAGGAUUAUGGCAUCCCUGCAGACAGAAAGUGAACCGACGCCCCUUCAGGUCAAGCUGGCUAGAUUGGCUGGGUGGAUCGGGUGGCUUGGGACAAGCGCUGCUUUGCUUCUUUUCUUUGUCCUUUUGAUCCGGUUCCUAGUGCAACUACCUGAUAACGAUGGUUCGCCAAGUGUGAAAGGCCAAGAAUUCAUGGAUAUCCUUAUCGUCGCUGUUACAGUCAUCGUGGUUGCCAUACCUGAGGGAUUACCCUUGGCUGUGACGCUUGCCUUGGCUUUCGCUACCACUCGUAUGCUCAAAGAGAACAACCUUGUCCGGGUUUUGCGUGCGUGUGAGACUAUGGGAAAUGCUACCGUGAUCUGCUCUGAUAAGACUGGAACACUUACGCAGAACAAGAUGACCGUGGUCAUGGGAUUCUUCGGUGCCAAUGAGCGUUUUGACCAGCAGCCAACUGAGAGUGGCUACCCAUCAGCAUCUCCUACAGUACUGGAGACUCUCGGGUUAUUUCCGAGCAGUUUUAAAAAGCUGCUAGUUGAUAGCAUCGUCUUGAACUCAACAGCCUUCGAGGAGGAGCAAGACGGUGGACGUGAAUUUGUUGGGAGCAAGACAGAAAUUGCUCUCCUUCAGCUUGCAAAAGACUAUUUACACAUGACGGAUCUCACUGAGGAGCGAGCGAAUGCCCAUAUUGAACAUAUAUUUCCCUUCGAUUCUGGUCGCAAAGCAAUGGGGGUUGUCUAUCGUGCUGGGCCCACUGGAUAUCGAUUACUUGUUAAGGGGGCGUCCGAGGUCAUACUUAACACAUCAACUCGGACAGUAACGACGGGGCAGUCUUUCGAAAACCAAAUCGUGACCGAACCCAUCUCUGAUGGCACUCGUCAAACCAUCUUGAAUACCAUCGAUGACUAUGCAAGAAAAUCCCUACGCACAAUUGGGAUUGUCUAUACUGACCUCGUAGACUGGCCGACCAGUCUCGAUACGGAUGGCGAAAAGGCCUUGCCCGACUUUGAGCUGUUGCUUCGAGAUAUGACAUGGAUCGGGGCGUUUGGAAUCCAUGAUCCGUUAAGACCUGAAGUCUCUGGAGCAAUCAAAACGUGCCAUUCAGCAGGUGUCCAAGUCAAAAUGGUCACAGGUGAUAAUAUCAAUACAGCUUCAGCCAUCGCCACCUCCUGUGGAAUCAAGAAUGGUGACGGCAUUGUUAUGGAGGGCCCGGAGUUCCGAAAACUAACCGAAAAGGAGAUGGAUGCCAUUAUUCCACGGCUGCAGGUGUUAGCUCGCUCGUCACCCGAUGACAAACGUAUGCUCGUCAAGCAUCUAAAACGUCUAGGUGAGACGGUGGCAGUAACAGGCGAUGGGACAAAUGAUGGACCUGCUUUGACGUCCGCCGAUGUAGGUUUUUCAAUGGGCAUCAGCGGAACGGAAUUAGCACGUGAGGCGAGUUCUAUCAUCCUUUUGGAUGAUAACUUCAAGUCUAUCGUGACGGCUAUGGCCUGGGGUCGGGCUGUCAACGAUGCUGUCUCUAAGUUCUUGCAGUUCCAAAUAACCGUCAACAUCACUGCUGUUUGCCUCACUGUGGUAACAGCAAUCUACAGCAACUCCAACGAAAGUGUGCUAAAGGCUGUCCAGCUACUGUGGGUUAACCUGAUCAUGGACACCUUCGCUGCUUUAGCGCUAGCAACCGAUGCCCCAACAGAGAAAAUACUUCAACGGCCUCCAGUCCCAAGAAAUGCUCCUUUGUUCACGGUAACAAUGUGGAAGAUGAUACUCGGGCAAUCUAUAUACAAACUAGCCGUCUGUUUUACCCUAUACUUUGCAGGUGAUCGUAUCCUGGGUUACGAUACCAGCAUCCACCAAAAGCAAGUCGAGCUCGACACAAUCAUCUUCAACACUUUCGUUUGGAUGCAGAUAUUUAAUGAACUCAACAACCGCCGCCUUGACAACAAGUUCAAUAUCUUCGAAGGCGUCCACCGGAAUUACUGGUUCAUGGGAAUCAAUGUGCUGAUGGUUGGUGGGCAAAUCCUCAUCAUCUUCGUUGGAGGUGCUGCCUUCGGCGUCACUCCGUUGGAUGGUGUUCAAUGGGCUAUAUGCAUUGGCUGCUCCAUCAUCUGUAUACCGUGGGCUGCUGUUCUGAAGCUCCUUCCGGACCGCUACGUCGCGGUUGUGCUGGAUAUUUCAGUGAAGUUGAUAGCUUUUCUGGCUUAUCCUUUCACGAAGGUGUACCAGAUUCUGGCUCGUGGUUUUACUAUAUUGGGGAAGGCCGUUCGUACACAAUGGCAAAGUCUUGAGUCCAGAUUAAUGCGCCGGGUGAAGCAUAGCAGACCCGAUGGCGAUGAAGAAAAAGGUGAAAGUACCGAACCAGUGUGA